UACAGCUGUCGGCGACGCGGACGUUGGCUGAGCGCGGGUCUGCUGGCGCUCGCUUUCCUCCUCCUGAUCUUCCUUAUAAGGGAUCCGAGAGUCUCCUUCGAUGAGAAUUCUGACGUCAUGAUCCCGCUGAAAUCCAAGCACAAGAACCAAGAGGAAUACAUCGACAAGCGAGGAAUCCACGUGGUGGUCGGGCACUACAUGGGCGAGGACAUUCCGGGAAAGACGACGCCCAAUCUGACCGACGAGAUCCUCAACACCAACGGCUACAACCCCCACGUUGGGGCGGGCGAGAAUGGGGACCCCGUCCAGAUCCCCAACUGGGAGAUGGGGAAGAUGCAGCGGCUGUACCACAUCAACAAGUUCAACCUCUUGGCCUCCGACAGGAUUUCCGUGAACAGGUCACUCCCCGACGUCAGGAAGAAGAGGUGCCACGACAAGACCUUCGCCGUGUCGUCCCUCCCGACGACCUCCGUCAUCAUCGUGUUCCACAACGAGGCCUGGUCGACCCUCCUGAGGACCGUCCACUCCGUCAUCUCCCGCUCGCCGAGGCAGCUCCUGAGGGAGAUCCUGCUGGUGGACGACGCCUCCGAAAGGACCUUCCUCAAGGAGCCCCUGGAGGAGUACGUAUCCAAGCUCCCUGUCCCCGUACGCGUGAUCCGGUCCCCCAGCAGGACGGGGCUGAUCAGGGCGCGGCUCCUAGGGGCGCAGGAGGCCAAGGGGGAGGUCCUUACCUUCCUGGACGCCCACUGCGAGGCCACUAUAGGCUGGCUGGAACCCCUGUUAUCAAGAAUUGCUGAAGAUAACAAGCGAGUAGUGUGCCCUAUAAUUGACAUCAUUCACGAAGACACCUUCCAGUACGUCAAGUCUUUUGAGCUCCACUGGGGUGCCUUCAACUGGAACCUCCAUUUCCGCUGGUACACCCUGGGGCAGAAGGAACUCGAUCAAAGGAAGAAAGAUAUUACAGAAGCUUAUAGGACCCCAGCCAUGGCAGGAGGGCUGUUCAGUAUCCACAAGGACUAUUUCUACAAAAUUGGCGCUUAUGAUCGUAAUAUGGAUGUCUGGGGUGGAGAGAACCUCGAAAUGUCCUUCAGGGUGUGGAUGUGUGGCGGUUCGAUUGAGAUAGCCCCCUGCAGUCACGUCGGCCAUGUAUUCAGAAAGAGCUCUCCCUAUACGUUCCCUGGGGAAGGGGGAGUAGGGGGCGUCCUCUACAGGAAUCUUGCACGUGUUGCUCUGGUCUGGCUUGACGAUUGGGCUGAAUUUUACUUCAAAAUUAAUGCAGAGGCAGCAAAAGUCCGAAAUGAUGUUGUUGUGAAAGAUCGAGUUAUGCUUCGAGACCGUCUCAGUUGCCAUACUUUUGAGUGGUAUUUACAGAAUAUUUGGCCAGAAAAUUUCUUCCCUGCAAAAGAUAGAUUUGUGGGCAAGAUCCGCCACGACUCUCUGGGCAAAUGUCUCCAGCGGCCAAUGGGUAAAGGGGGCUCAAACCAACCCACAGGCACGGCUGUCUUGCGUGAGUGCGUCUAUGAGGUUUACCCAUCGCAGAUCUUCGUAUUUAGUAAGAAAGGCUACAUCAUGACUGACGAGAGUGUGUGCUUAGACGCCCCAGACGCAGAAUCAGCCAAGAAUCCGCAGGUGCGCAUCAUGGCCUGCAAUGAAUAUGAGAGGCAGAAGUGGACCUACAAGGAGGACACUAAGCAGGUCCAGCACAAGCAGACUGGCUGGUGCCUCGACCUCCCUUCCAAGAGCAACCCCGACACCCUCUCCCUCAGCAUGUGUGACACAUACAGCACAUCACAAAGGUGGAACUUUGAGCAUGUGGAUUGGGCCAAAGGACGGUGAUUGUGGUUGGGGAUAAAUAAGAAUAAUUUAAUGGUGGAAUUUUGAAUAAAUCGUUGGUGAAUAAUACGAUUGAACGAUAGAUACAGAGGGUGGAUGAAUGAGACUUGAUGGUGGAAUGAUGAUAAUAAUUAAAUGGCAGAUGAAUAAGGAAAAAGAGCUGAUGAUGGAUGAAUGCGAUAAAGUAAUGAAUGACCAACAAAACAAAAUGAUCAUGGAAAAAAGAAUAAACAAAUAAAAGAGUAAAGAUAAAAGAAAUGGCUAAGAAAGAUAUGGAUGAAUGGUAGGUAAAUGAGUAAAAAUGCAAAUAGGAAGAAGGUAAUAAUGAAUAACAUGAAUGAAAGCUGAAGAAGAUGAGUGGAUGAUGUAAAGGUAGAUGAUAAAUUAUUCAGAAAGCAUCUUUAACAAAGGAGAAAUACAAAAAGCUGAAUGGAUAACCUGUUAAUAUAGAGAACAAAGGCUUAUAAAGAAGAAUGAAUGAUAAGAAAUAAAAUUAAUGAACAAAUGAAAAUAAGCUGAAUGAUUCAGGAAACAAAGGUGAAUAAUCAAAAUAUAAAUGGAGAGUAAAAAAGGGGUUUAAUAGCCGAUUAAGUGA